ACGUUCUCCAUUUCGCCAUUUUCUUCCUCUCCACCGGCUAUCAGGCUCUUGUUGGAUUCGUGACCAUCUCUUGCGCUCUUCUCUCACCACUCAAGACCUGUCAACGUAGAUUAGUCUUUCUUUAGAGUCUAUACAUCCUCCCUCCACUGAGGCCUUUCCGUCUUUAGUUUUUAGUGUCCCGAACGUGCAAGAAUGUCUGCCCAGAGCCCCGAGUACGCUUCCUUCUUCGCAGUGAUGGGUGCAUCAGCAGCAAUGGUGUUUAGUGCAUUGGGUGCUGCAUAUGGUACAGCCAAGAGUGGCACAGGCAUUGCUGCUAUGUCUGUGAUGCGGCCAGAGUUGAUCAUGAAAUCGAUCAUACCUGUGGUCAUGGCGGGUAUCAUUGCCAUCUACGGCCUGGUAGUGGCUGUUCUUAUUGCCAAUAACAUCAAUGAAAAAGUCACACUCUACAAGAGUUUCUUGCACCUUGGUGCCGGGCUCAGUGUUGGUCUGAGCGGCCUCGCAGCCGGCUUUGCCAUUGGGAUUGUGGGUGAUGCAGGUGUUAGGGGCACAGCCCAGCAGCCUCGCCUGUUUGUGGGGAUGAUCCUCAUCCUCAUUUUCGCUGAGGUUCUUGGGCUAUACGGGCUAAUUGUUGCUCUUAUCCUGUCCACCAAGGGCUAAUUGUUGCCCUCAUUCUCUCUUUAUAUUAACAUCCUUCAACAACACAAACACACACAAGCACCAACACAAACAUCCUCCUGAAGAAUCAAAUUAAAUAAAUUCACCACCCAAAAUAAAGAGGGAGGACUUUAUGCGUGUAUUGUGAGAGUGCUGUUUGCAAGUGAAUGUGUGAUUGAAUUUCCUCUCUAUGUAUAGUAGCCUGACGCGUGUUCCCCCCUGUAAAUGCGCUUUGUAGCUAUUGCUCUUUUCCCAUGUGUGUAAUUGGAUGCCCGCAUUCUCCUAUGCUACACCUGUUUGUCAUCUUUUAUUUUGUCAUAGUUUUAUUCUCAUUGGAAGAACAAAUCAACUGUUUUGUUUCUCUGUUUUGGGACCAUUCAGAUACAGACACUGAUGCUGAGGACUUCAUGUAAAAAUAUGGAUUAUUUCUGUUUGUUUUUUGUUCCUACUGAUUAUUUAUGAAGAUUUUCGAAAUGUUCAUUAAAAAGUUUAAAUGGA